AAACAAAAGGUAAUUCAAAGCCCCAGUAGGAAAAUGGCGCAAUUAUCGCCGACUGUUGGUAUGAGUUUAGUGUCCUUCUUUUGACCUUCUCUCUCUCUACUUGCAAGUCAAACUUCUACUAUAUAUAUUCUACUUACUUUGAACUCAUUAUACUAAGUACUCUAAUUCUCGUUUUCAAAAAAAAAAAAAAAAAAAAAAAAAAGUACUCUAAUUCUCUCUUAGCUUCUUUGAGAUUAUUACUAGAUAGUUGCACUUUGUUGCAGAAGAUAGAAGAAAGGAGAAAAUAACAUGGCAGCAUCACUAAGGAUCUUCUCUGUUGUUCUUAUCGUCUUUCUUAUGUGUCAACAGGGUUACAGUUACAAAUGUGGUUUAAAGAACAUAAAAGUGACAACAAAAAGAACAGGAACAACAAUAGAAGGUCAGCCACAAUAUGCAGUAACCGUAACUAACAACUGUCCAUGUGCUCAAUCUCGAGUAUACUUGAGAUGCCUUGGUUUCAGCUCUGUUCAACCUAUUAAUCCCGGUGUUUUUAAGGUGAAGGGUGACAGUUGCCUGAUCAAUAACGGCCGUCCGAUUGCUCGAGGCAAAUCAGUCAGCUUCAAAAGUAUCAAACAUGCUGCGAAAUUCAGGGGUUUGUUUAAAAUGGUUCAUUACCUAUGCCGCUCAAAAGUUACAAUUUUGAACAUGGGCAUGUUGCUUUGUUAUCGGACAAGUGCAAGGACACUAUGUUUAUGAAACAUUCCGACGUUUGUACGUGUUCUCUACAUUACAAAUUAAAUGUAUCUAUACACAUUUCAAGUUGGAAUGUAUACUAAAUUUCGCAAUAUUUCUAAUCUCAAGGCCAUUUGAGUAUUACUCUGUUGUAUUAAAGAUGGCUCCUCUUCCUCGCUUUAUUGCAGUUUAUCCUUCAUUAAUGUAUGGUUCAAGAAUUAUAAUCGAGGUAUCUUAAUCUUAUCA